AUGGCCCAGGGAACAAAAUACAAUUUUCUCAUCGUUUUCUUUGUUGCUCUGGGCAGCUUCACGUAUGGCUUCAACAGUGCCAUUAUGGGCCUUGUCAUUGGCCUGCCGGCGUUCUUCCAAUACUUCAACAUCAACCUCGACGACACUCAGGGCAACCAGAUCACGGGUGCUACCAAUGGACUCUACUCGGGGGGAGGCAUCCUGGGUUGUAUCUUCGUGCCAUGGCUUCUCGACCGCCUCGGUCGUCGCCGAACCAUCCAGGUUGCAGCGGCUCUCGCAAUUGUCUCAGCAGCACUGCAAGGAGGCAGCGUCCACAUCGCCAUGUUCCUGAUCGCCCGUUUCCUCAACGGGUGGGCGGUCGGCAUGCUGGACACGUCCAUCCCCGUCUUCCAGUCCGAGAUCUCUCCGGCUCGCCAACGCGGACGCAUGGUUGGCGCCCACGGCGUGCUGAUCGUGAUCGGAUACAGCUGCGCCGGUUUCGCCGGGUUUGGCACGUACUUCGCCACUCCCACCGUCAGCUGGAGACUGUGUCUGAGUCUGCAGAUCGUGGCGCCGCUGCUGCUGUUCCUGGGUUCUCCCUGGCUUCCGGAAUCCCCGAGGUGGCUCAUCGACCACGACAGGCUGGAAGACGGCUUCCAGGUCCUCCGCAGCUUGCACACGCGGCCCGAAGACCCGGACGAGAUCGUGGCGCGAGAAGAAUUCCUCCAGAUCCGCAGACAAAUCGAGCUCGAGCGCGCGGACAAGUUGAGCAAGAGCUGGGACGCUCUGUUCAAGAAGCCCAGCCUGCGGAAGAGAUUGAUCUUGGGAUUUGGCACACAGUUCAUUGCUCAGAGCACCGGUGUCUUGGUCGUCAACAACUAUCAGAUCUUGCUGUACAAGUCUCUGGGUAUCACCGGGUCGCUGCCUCUGUUAUUAAAUGCCCUGUACAAUGGUCUAGCCGCACUCAUGAACUUUGUCAAUUCGUUGUUCCUGGAUCGACUUGGCCGGAUCCGGAUUAUGCUUAUCGGACUGAUCGGCUGCGCUUGUUCGUUGAUAUGUUUCACGGCCAUGGUCGCGACGUUCGGGGGCACAUCGAACCGGGUCGGGAACGGCUUCGGAGUGUUCUUCUUGUUCCUUUUUGUGUUCUUCUACGGCGGGACCAUGGACGCCACCUCCUACGUGUAUUGCAGUGAGAUCUUUCCGACUCCACUCCGUGCGCAGGGCACGGGGUUCAGUGUCGCCGGCCUAUUCACUGCCACCCUGAUUUACACACAAACCGCGCCAGUCGCGUUUGCGCAGGUCGGGUGGAAGUUCUACAUCGUGUUCAUCAUCCUGCCUCUGCUUGGCGCGGCACUGAUGUGGAAGUUCUUCCCGGAGACGAAGCUCCUGACUCUCGAGGAGAUAUCCAGACUCUUUGGUGAUGAGGUCGCCUUGGAUAUUAACCAGCUCAGUACAGAGGAGAAGAUGGCCUUGGACCGUGAGGUUGCUAAAGGUGUUCAAGAAGUGAUCUCUGUCGAGGUUGAGAGUAGCGAAAGCAAAUCGCCCAACGAUCGGAUUGAGGUGGUCUAG